GGUUAGUUGUCAGAGCACCGAAGCGAAAGCGGUAAAGUAGCCAACUGCAGUUAGUUAUCCUUUUGCGCCUCCCGAAAUAUUCGAUGAAUCUGUCAAGCCUUUUUCUUCUGGCCCUUGUGGCAUCAGUCGCUAUCGGCGCAAGCUCUGCCCAUAGAAUAAACAGGCCCGAACAGAAACCCCCAAAGGAGUCGUGUCAGGUCACCACCACACCUCCACCGUGUGGUAAGGAAACCACGACAACGACAACGUGUUCCCCAACAACCACAACGUGUUCCUCAACUACCACGACCACCACAACUACGACAACAACAACCACAACUACGACGACGACAACAACAACCACCACCACAACAACGACUACAACAACCACGACGACAACAACAACAACGUGUUCCCCAACAACAACCACUACCCCACAAGAGGAACCCUGCGAACCCAACGAGCCGUCAACGCCUACCCCACCUGCACCUACGCCUUGUGAGCCCAACGAGCCGUCAACUCCCUCUCCAUCCUCUCCCUCUGAGCCCAACGAGCCUAUAACUCCCACUUCAUCCUCUCCCUCUGAGCCCAACGAGUCGUCAACUCCCACCCCAUCAUCUACCUCUGAGCCCAACGAGCCGUCAACGCCUACCGCACCCGCACCUACGCCUUGUGAGCCGAACGAGUCGUCAACUCCCACUCCAUCCUCUCCCUCUGAGCCCAGCGAGCCGUCAACUCCCACUCUAGCCCCACCUUCUCCUUGUGAGCCAAACGACUCGACAACUCCGCCACCUUCACCUUGCGAAACGAUCACCACCACGACAACAACUACAACAACGACGACCACCACAACAACGACGACCACCACUACGACUACCACCACUACGACUACCACCACUACGACCACCACCACAACAACAACUACAACGACGACCAACACAACAACAACGUGUUCUCCAAUAACAACCACUACCCCACAAGAGGAACCCUGCAAGCCCAACGAGCUGUCGACACCAACAUCAUCCUCUCCCUCUGAGCCCAACGAGCCGUCAACUCCCACUCCAGCCCCACCUUCUCCUUGUGAGCCAAACGAGUCGACAACUCCGCAGCCUUCACCAUGUGAGACGACAACAACGACGACCACCACAACGACGACGACAACCACUACUACGACAACAACGACGACCACCACAACGACGACGACAACCACAACGACGACGACUACCACUACAACAACGACGACCACUACAACAACAACGACCACCACAACAACGACAACAACAUGUUCCCCAACAACAACCACUACCCCACAAGAGAAACCCUGCGUGCCUAACGAGACGUCAACGCCUACACCACCCGCACCUACGCCUUGUGAGCCCAACGAGCCGUCAACUCCCACUCCAUCCUCUCCCUCUGAGCCCAACGAGCCGUCAACGCCUACCCCACCCGCACCUACGCCUUGUGAGCCCAACGAGCCGCCAACUCCCACUCCAUCCUCUCCCUCUGAGCCCAACGAGCCGUCAACUCCCACUUCAUCCUCUCCCUCUGAGCCCAACGAGCCGUCAACCCCUACUCCAUCCUCUCCCUCUGAGCCCAGCGAGUCGUCGACUCCAACACCUUCCUCUCCCUCUGAACCCAACGAGCCUUCAACUCCCACUCCAGCCCCACCAUCUCCCUGUGAGCCAGUGUCCACAACUCCACCACCUUCACCUUGUGAGACGACCACCACUACAACAACGACGACCACUACAACAACGACGACCACUACAACAACGACGACCACUACAACAACAACGACAACAACAACGACGACGACCACGACAACAACCACCACAACAACAACGUGUUCCCCAACAACAACCACUACCCCACAAGAGGAACCCUGUGAGCCCAACGAGACAACUACUCCUCCACCACCCCCUCCCUGUGAGCCCAACGAGACAACUACUUCACCACCUUCACCUUGUGAGACGACCACAACUACAACAACGACCACCACAACAACGACGACCACCACAACAACAACAACCACGACUACCACAACAACAACCACGACGACAACAGCGUGUAUACCAACAACGACAACCACUACUCCACAACAGCAACCUUGUAAGUCAGCCACCACCACCCCAAAACAGGCACCGUGCGAACCAACAACCACGUCAACACCCCCUACCUGUGCUCGCAAAACCACCUCCCCACCACCGUGCGAAGAGACAACGACACCUGCCUGCGGAACUGAGCGUGAUCAGAGUGGUCUAGCUCAAUUGAUUCCCAAGCCAAUUAAAGAUCUCUUCGCUGGUUCGAGCUCCAUCACCAAAGCUACUCCUUCGAUCGGAUUCAGUGCCAUGUGUGCUGGUCGCGCGGACGGAAGUAUUGUCCAGGACCCUAAUCAUUGCAGGAGGUACUAUGAAUGCCGCGCUGGCCGUCGCCUGCUGCGCAAGUGCCGCGUCGGUUUGUGGUACGAUUCAGAGGCAGGAGAGUGCCUGCCACGCAGCCAAGUGUUGAACUGCCCGGCACAACGUAACUGAGACAUUUAAACCGACUCGACGCAACCGGAAUGGGAUCGCAGCUUGUAUAGCAACUUGUAUCCGUAGCCAACUGUAACCGCCUACUCAAUAAACAGCAUAUAAAUCGCA